AUGUUCCCCUUCAAGUGUUUCGGUAGUGAGAGCAAAAUUAAGGAUUCAAAAAUGGAUUUUUAUCAUGAUGUAAGUGAUAAACGAGAUGAAAAAGGUAGUAGUAAAGUGAUUAGGAACAUAGAAUGGGGCAUGAUGGAUAAAAGAAAAUUCUUUCCUCUAUCGAUGCUUAGUUCGUUUUCAGUAAGAUGUGCACUGUACCCUUUGACAUUAAUUAAAACUAGACUGCAAAUUCAAAAACACAAUGAUUUGUAUACUGGUAUGUUCGAUGCUUAUGCUAAAAUUUACAAAUACGAAGGAUUUAAAGGCCUCUAUAGAGGAUUUUGGGUGUCAUCGGUGCAAAUAGUUAGUGGUGUUUUCUACAUUUCAACCUACGAAAGUAUAAGACAUGGGAUGCAAGACAACAGAGUUCCUUCUAGUUUGAGGGCUCUUAUAGCAGGAGGAUGUGCAUCGGUUAUAGGGCAAUCCAUAGUAGUGCCAUUUGAUGUACUUAGUCAGCACUUAAUGAUGAUGGGCGUUCAUGGCAGGGAGGAACAGGCCUUUAAUAAUUUGGGUAUUAAAACGAAGCCCAACCAAAGUAAAUUCACUAUAACUGUGGAGGUAGCUAAGCAAAUAUUUAGGACUGAUGGCAUCGCAGGAUUUUAUAGAGGCUAUUUUGCCAGUCUGUGUUCGUAUGUUCCAAAUUCUGCAUUGUGGUGGGGUUUCUACCACUUCUAUCAAGAUCACUUAUUUGCAAUAAUGCCUAGUUGGUUUUCUCAUUUAUUGCUGCAAAGCAUCUCAGGUACACUAGGCGGCUUUAGUACAACACUUUUAACCAAUCCUUUAGAUGUAGUUAGGGCGAGAUUACAAGUACAAAGAAUAGGAUCGAUGCGCUGUGCAUUUAGAGACUUAUGGGUAGAGGAAGGUUUUCGUAUGUUUACCAAAGGCCUUACUGCAAGACUUAUACAGUCGGCCACUUUUAGUUUUAGUAUAAUCAUCGGGUAUGAAACAAUAAAAAGAAUAUCGGUUAAGGAAGAAUAUAAACAAUAUGUUAAAUGGUAA